AUGGUUAUGGUAAGUACUAAUGUUGAAGUUGUAUGUAGGGAAACAAUCAAACCAUUGUGUCCAACACCUAAUCACCUUAGAAACUACAUUCUCUCUUCUAUUGACCAAAAUUCACCUCCUAUUUACAUCCCUGUUCUACUUUUCUACCUUACUAGUACUACAAAUAUUAUUACCAGAGAUCAAAAGCUAUGCAUGCUGAAGAAAUCCCUAGCUGAGUGCCUAAGCGAGUACUAUCCAUUGGCUGGCACACUCAGAGAUGACUAUUCUGUUGUUGAGUGCAGUGAUGAGGGGGCAGAGUUCGUUGAAGCUAGAGUUAAUUGUAAUAUUUCCCAAAUCAUUGGAACUUCAAAUGUGAAGUUAUUGAAUCAGUUGCUGCCCUUUGAGCCCACUGGCAAUUGGGGUAAGCAGCUGAAGCAAAAAGGAGAUGAGAGGGAAGUGCUUGUAGCUGCUCAAGCCAAUUUAUUCAGGUGUGGUGGCUUUGCCAUAGGUGUGUGCGUUUCGCACAAGAUUGCUGAUGGAACUUCAGUAGUUGCUUUCUUGAAUUCAUGGGCUUCCAAAUCUUUAAAUACCAAUAGUGAAAAUACUAACAUUGUCCCUCCUCCAAUUUUUGAUUCAGCAAAAAAUUUCCCUCCUAGAGAAAUACCCCGUUAUUCUCAUGACACUGGAAUAACUAACAAAACAAUCGUCACAAAAAGAUUUAUUUUCGAUUCAUCUUCUAUACUAGCCCUGAAAAUUAAAGCAUCAAAAGGAAUUAUUGGUUCAUUAGACGAAAAUUCCAAGUUUCCAACUCGAGUUGAAGCCGUUUCAGCUCUCAUAUGGAGACGUGUCCUCUCCCUUUAUAGAUCGAAGCCAAAAUGCGCGAAAAUAUGUGUGGCAGUUCAUGCAGUGAACAUAAGGCAAAGGAUGGAACCACCAGUGCCAAAUCACACUUUUGGAAAUUACUGGACAGUUGCAAUAGCCCCUGCAGUGCUACAAACAGAGCAAAAUGCAGGGGACAAUAGUAACAUUAACAUGACAAUACUGGUGGAAAAACUGAACAAAUCAAUUAGGGAUAUCAAUGCAGAUUAUGUGGAUAAUGUUAUCAAGGGACGAAAAAAUAUGAACGUCUUGCGUGGACCCUCCAAAAAUGCUGAUGCACCCGAUAAUAUUUUUGAAGAGUCUGAGCAACAAAAAUCAAGAUUGGAUGGUGAUUCAGUAGAAACAACAGUGAGAGAUUUUUCGAAGGGGGAUUUAGAAGUAUGUAAUUUUACAAGUUGGUGUAGAUUUCCAGUGUAUGAAGUGGAUUUUGGAUGGGGUAAGCCUGAAUGGGUUUGCAGUCCAAUUAGAUCUUUCAAGAAUUUGGUGAUAUUAAUGGGAACUAAAGAUGGAGAUGGCAUUGAGGCAUCUGUUAAUUUGUUGGAAGAGGACAUGCCCCUGUUUGAAAAUGAUCCUGAGAUACUUUCUUUUGCUUAUUGCCCAUGA